AUGGACUCUUCGGGCUUCUGGCCCCGGAAACUGGGAGCUCGAAGAGAGCGGAGUGAACGGUGGUUGACAACAGACAAGCCAAGGGAAGAGGGACCAGAAACAAACAAACCAAAGUCAGAUGCAAACGCCACGUGGAGCAACAGGACCAGGUCCACACACGUUCCUGUCGGGGAGGAUCAAGUCCAGCACAUGGAACUUGUUCAGGAUCUAGCUCGGAGUUUCAACCAGAAGUAUGGGGACUUGUUUCCAUUGCCCAAGUCCAUUCUCACAUCGAUGAAGAAAGUGAAAUCCCUCCGUGAUCCCUCUGCCAAGAUGUCAAAAUCGGACCCCGACAAACUGGCAACUGUUGGAAUAACAGACAGCCCGGAGGAGAUCGUGAAGAAAUUCCGCAAGGCUAUGACAGACUUCACAUCGGAGGUCACCUACGAGCCGGACAGCAGAGCCGGCGUCUCCAACAUGGUGGAGAUCCAUGCCGCGGUGUCGGGUCUCUCUGUGGAGGAGGUGGUGCGCAGGAGCGCAGGCCUGGACACGGCGCGCUACAAGCUGCUGGUGGCGGAUGCUGUGAUCGAGAAGUUUGCUCCAAUCAGGAGAGAAAUUGAGAGACUGAAAAUGGAUAAGGACUAUUUAAAGAAGGUUUUACGUGUUGGAUCUGCAAAAGCCAAAGAAUUAGCCUAUCCUGUGUUUGAGGAGGUGAAGAAAUUGGUGGGGAUUCUGUAGGAAAGCCAGCCAGUCACCUGCACUCCAGUCAAGACAACUUUCCUCUGGCAGAUUUCAGUCUGCACAUAUUUGGUUUGAUGCGUGCUUCCAGUCGAUGUUCCAAUUUCCAUCAGCAAAUACUGUUAUCAGGAGAGCUGAAACAGGCACAGCUCUCUGCACCCUGGUUAACUGAGGCACCGUUUUUGGGUCUUAAGUAUUCCCACAUACUUGACAGCUAAACAAUAACUGAGCUAUGA